AGCAAUCUUCUUCUUCUUCGUUCUCUCUUCAAUGGCCAAGAUCCAGCCCCUCCCUGCGGCCCCAUCGCCGCCGUCCUCCGAUGAUCACUGCCAGGGCCAGCGGGGCAAGCAGGCGUACACGGUGUGGAUGAAGUCGUUGGUCUUCAACGGCAACGGCUGCGCGGUGUACGGCCCCGAUGGCAGCGUUGCCUUCCGCGUCGACAACUACGGCUGCAGGGGCGGCCGCGAGGUCUUCUUCAUGGACCGCGGCGGCAACGCCCUCAUCAGGAUCAGACGCAAGGGCUUCGGCAUGUUCAGGAGGUGGGAGGUCUGCCGGUAUGAGCAGGGGGAGGAGGCGACACCGUGGUUCACCGUGCGGCGGGCCAAGAAGGGCGAGGCCGCCGUUGCGAUGCACGGCGGCGCGAGGACCUGCUACAGGAUGGACGGGUGCCCUGCCCGCAAGACGGAGUACAAAGUCCGCGGCGUCGAUGGCGCGGCCGUGGCGGAGGUGGCCCCGAAGCAGACGGCGGCGGGGGUGGUGCUGGGCGAGGACGUGCUGACGCUGACGGUGGCGCCGGAAAUGGAUCACCUGCUCGCCCUGGGUAUGGUCGUGGUGCGUGGCCUCAUCAACCGCUCCUUGUGACCCUCUUCUUCUAGUUCAGGUUCAGGUCUCUGAGAGUAGGAACGCUGUAGGUGGUUCAUGUGACCAUUUUUUCUGACGAACAAUUCAGAAGUUUUUGCCCAGAAUGAGGACAUGAUUGCUCUUUUUGGUGUAUGCUCGACUAUUUUUUUCCCUUUCUCAAAGGUUUUUUCACGACCAUAGUUUCAACACAUCUUUGGAUGUGUUCGA